AUGGCAUCAGAACUGAAUGUUCCCAUUGUUGAUGUGUGGGCAAAUCCGAUCGCCCUUGAUGGUAUACCAGAAGCCAAGCGCCUCUUCAGACAAAGUCAUGCCGAUCCUGCUCUCCUCGCUCGUCGACCCACGCCCCAGGAGUUGGUGGCCAUGAUGGACUCGGCAGGGGUAUCGCAAAUCUGUCUGGCAUCAUGGUGGCGGCCUGGCCAGGUAGUCUUCUCCAACGACCAAGUUGCCGAGUUCACCAGAGCUUAUCCUGAUCGAAUCUUCGGCCUUGCAUCCGUGGACUUGCUCGACCCAGUUAAUGCCGUCAGAGAACUCGAGCACUACGUGGUGAACGAGGGCUUCAAGGGUUUGCGUGUCGUCCCGUGGCUAUGGGGCUUGCCACCCACCGAUGCUCACUACUGGCCAUUGUACGUCAAGUGUAUUGAGCUUGACAUCCCAUUCUGCACCCAAGUUGGUCACACCGGCCCUCUGUGUCCGAGCGAAACGGGUCGCCCAAUACCUUACAUCGACACCAUCGCACUGAAAUUUCCUCAACUGAAAAUCAUAUGCGGCCAUAUAGGAUAUCCUUGGACUGCCGAAAUGGUAGCCGUCGCUUGGAAGCAUGAGAAUGUCUAUAUCGAUACCAGCGCAUAUCUUCCGAAAUAUUAUCCUCCCGAGUUGAUUACUUUCGCCAACACGACUGGCAGCAAAAAAGUCAUGUUUGGGACAAACUUUCCCCAGCUGACUUGGAACGCAUGUGUAGAUAGCGUUAGGCGACACCUGUUGGAAGAAGGAGGUUUGCGACGCGAAGUCAUGGCAGCAUUUAUGGGUGGUAAUGCAAGGCGGGUAUUGAAGCUGGAUGCUCCAUCGGCGUGGAAGGCGAAAGCUUUGCUAUGA